CACAGCGUUUACUGAGCAGAGACCCUAAUUAGACUACAUAUGGUAAUUGCAAUAAAUCACCAUCAUUAGUGUUAGUGUCAGACUGCAUUGCACUCAGUGAGGUAUCACUAUGUCUUGUUUGCUGAUUCUGGUCAUGGUGACUCUAUGGGGUCAGUCCUGUGUGACUGAAGAACAGUACUGCAUGUACCAACCUCAAGGAGCAAAUGUUUUUGUAGGAGAAGCGCUUACUCUCCAGUGCAGAUUUGUGUAUCCAAAGAUUAAGGAAAAUGUCUCAGAAGUGAUCGUUGUAUGGAAGGCUUCCAAAGAAAGUUACUGCGGUGGUCCGACAGAGGAAUUUUACAAGAGUGUGAUGAAUUCCACAUUCCCCCAAUAUAAGGGAAGAGUUGUCCUGGUGGGAGAUUCCAAAGCUCAGAAUGCAUCGAUAACUCUUAUGAAUGUGACCAAGAGAGACGCAAACACCUACUGCUGUGGUGUAACAAUAAAACAUUCAGACGGAAAAUCUACCACUUUUCAGAGCCCGAAAGGGACUCGACUCUCUGUGAGAGGUGAGAAUGAUCUCCUCAUAGAGCAGCCAUUGCUUAUCCCGGCCUUCCGUGGUGAUACAGUGACUAUUUUCUCUCGGUACACAACUAAGAACCGAUAUAUCAUCCCAGAUAUCGUUUCAUGUACUGUGUGGAGAAGCCUAUAUGCUGGACCUAGCUGCAGCACCAUCUACUCCAGAGAGACCUGCGCAGAGAGGACCGGGAAUGAUAUUCUACAUUUCAAAAUCAAUCAUGUUAAUUCUUCACACCGAGGCUGGUACUGCUGGGAAAUAAAUGGUCUAUCAAGAGAUGGAAACAGAUAUACGAUUAGAAAAGGUAUUGGGACAGAACUUCGCAUUGUAGAACGCACAAAGUAUUUAGACAUCCAGCAGCCGUCAGAAACUCUAUACACAAAUCCUGCUCUAAUCCCCUGCACAUACACCAUGCCUCUAUAUAGUGACAUUAUGUGGAUUGGAGUCUACUGGAUGGUCGGGAACCCAAGAGAGGAUUUUGUAUAUCAUCCAGAUACAGAAUUCAUUCACCCGGAUUACAAGGGAAAGACAGAGUUGAUAAAUGGGUCCAAUCUACUCCUAGAAGACUUCCAUGGUCCAGAUAACACCAUAUUCUACUGCCGUGUGGCCCUUCUCCGUUGUGUAUCACAGACACGCAAUUUUACAAAAACAGAGGUAAUAAUGGAGGAAGGCUCAGGAACCAGACUCAGAAUCUGCAGUGUGCCUGUUCACUCCCUAUCGCAACAAGUUGCGAUCUAUGCUGGAAUCAAGCUGGUCAUCCUACUUGUCGUGCUGGUGGUGGCUGUAGUCUACAUGAAGAAAAAGCGUGACCCAGGAUUGUGAGCACCAUGUAAACACACAGAAGAUACACAGCGGUUCCUAUAAAUAUAUCUAUAUGUCAUGAAUAAGCUUUUGUUGUUUCUCUUACUAAGUAACUGUAAUAAACGAUAAAGCUACCUGCUUGCCACUGGUUUCUAGAUAGACAUCUACUGGUCUUCCCAAAAAGAGACUCUAACCACUACAAUCCAUUCUGAAUGCAGCUGCGAGGCUAAUCUUCCUCUCCAGACGUUCAUCGUCUGCAGACCCACUAUGUCAGACCCUCCAUUGGUCACCGGUAUUCUAGCGUAUUCAAUAUAAAAUACUUCUACUCACACACAAGGCCAUUAACCAAAUGACACCUAUGUACAUCUCUUCACUUAUCUCAAAAUGGGGUCAAUGUACCAAAAAUUUGAUCAUUUUCAUAUUUUUUAUCGUCAGUUAUCGGGUCUUUUUCAUGUUUUUUAUCUGGGUUUUUUUCGACAUACAGUAUGUCUAAUUUUUUUAUAAUAGAAAAUGUGAUUGCGAUAAAAGCCCCAAAAUGUGAUAAUUAUCGCUCUACUUUUCAGUCGUUUUAUCGCAUUUUUUUUCCGCAUUUCGAAAAAAUUAAAUGAAUUGCGCAUGCUGUGUUUCAGAACCGGACAUGCAAGGUGAGUUCCUGGGUGGCGUUCAUCACAUACCUGACCUACAGCAGAAAAAAAAUAGCUACAGUAGCUUACUAUGGGACACUUAUUAGAAAACUGAAAGGAGAGGGAACUUUUAUAAAGACAAUUCGAUGAGUUAUUCUAAUGACUGUUAUAAGCAUGUUACUAAGAUGAAAUUCUACUGGCCUUUAGUGUCUGCUGUAAGCUUCCAGCAGAGUUAUUUAGACUGAGUCUCACAAACAAAACAUAUAUAUUUAGUGAUGAGCGGGUUCGGUUUUACUCGGUUUUACUCGGUUCUAAACACGGCAUCUUAUUGGCUAUCCAAAACACAUGACAUCCGUGAACCAAUACGAUUCCGUUUUGAGAACCGAGUAGAACCGAGUAAAACCGAACCCGCUCAUCACUAAUAUAUAUAUAUACAUACAUACAUACAUACAUACACUGUACACACACACACACACACACACACACACACACACACACACACACACACACGUAUGCAUAUAUAUAUAUAUAUAUAUAUAUAUAUGAGAGAAUUUUUAUAUAAUAUAGAUCUCAAGCAAACAACAUACAGAAAAUCUUAGUACAUUUUUAGACUAGUUCAAUAUAUAUACUGUAAGUAUAAUUUAGAUAAAAAGAGAUAUUUUUAGAAUAUUCUUUUUGUAAAAAAAGUUAAUUUAGAGGUGAAACUACAAGAACAAUCAUGGCCUAUUGCUACACUCGCCAGUAAAAGCUGACGAGAAAAAAAAAACAUGAAAAGUUUCAGACAAUUUUCCCGAUAUUGGAAAAGUUCAGGAAAAAAAUGCAAAAAGUAGAUUUUGGCGAAAAACCCCGAUAAAUAAAAUGUAAAAACUUACAUACAUACAGACGAUACUUAAAAAAUGUGAAAAGUAUAAAAAAUCUAAAUUUCUCUCAUUUUUUAACGUAAAAACUGUUGAUACAUAGACCCCAAUAUCUCCCAACGUGACCUCUCUGCUCUUCACAAGAUCUACGUCUCUCAUCCACACUCAUUAUUUGCUCCCAUGCACGAUUGCAGGACUUUCUUUGGGCUGCACCCAAUCUGUGGAAUGCCCUACCAUGCACAAUUAGACUCUCCUCUAGGGGGUCAUUCCGAGUUGAUCGCAAGCUGCCGUUGUUCGCAGCGCAGCGAUCAGGCUAAAAAUCUGCAUUUCUGCGCAUGUGUAUACUCCGCAAUGCGCACGCGCGACGUAUGGGUACAAAGUCCUUUGUGGUUUUACACAGAUUCUAGCGACGUUUUCAGUCGCACUGGUGGCCUCAAGAAGAUUGACAGGAAGUGGGCGUUACUGGGUGUCAGCUGACCGUUUUCAGGGAGUGUUUGCAAAAAUGCAGGCAUGGCUGGGCGGGUUUAUGAAGUCAAAUCCGGACACGAAUAGGCUGAAGUGAUCGCAAGCGCUGCACAAACUGUUUUUGUAGCGCUCGGCUGCACAGGCGUUCGCACUUCUGCUAAGCUAAAAUACACUCCCCAGUGGGCGGUGGCAUAGCGUUUGCACGACUGCUAAAUCUAGCCAGCGAGCGAUCAACUCGGAAUGACCCCCCUAAUGUCCAAACCUUCAAGCAUUCCCUGAAAAAUAAAUUCCCCUUUUCAGGCAAGCUUAUCAAAUUCCAGAUCGGCUCACUCAACCUUCAUAGCUUUCCUAUCCAAUUAUGGCCCUCAUUCCGAGUUGUUCGCUCGCUAGCUGCUUUUAGCAGCAUUACACACGCUAGGCCGCCACCCUCUGGGAGUGUAUCUUAGCUUAGCAGAAUUGCUCGAAAAUCUUUUCCUGCAGUUUCUGAGUAGCUCCAGACCUACUCCUACACUGCGAUCACCUCAGUCCGUUUAGUUCCUGGUUUGACGUCACAAACACGCCCUGCGUUCGGCCAGCCACUCCCCCGUUUCUCCAGCCACUCCCGCGUUUUAGCCUGACACGCCUCCGUUUUUUAGCACACUCCCUGAAAACGGUAAGUUUCCACCCAGAAACACCCACUUCCUGUCAAUCACUCCCCGAUCAGCAGAGCGACUGAAAAGCGUCGCUCAUCCCUGUGUAAAACGGCAUAGUUUUGUGUGAAAUUACUUCGUGCGUGCGUACCGCAGCCCAUACGCAUACGCAGAAAUGCCGAUUUUUAGCCUGAUCGCUAUGCUGCGAAAAACCGGCAGCGAGCGAACAACUUGGAAUGAGGGCCUAUAUCCCCACUGUACAGUCCACACAUAUCCUCCCAUAUGGGUCAUUGGGUAGACAGUCAUUAGGUCGACAUGUACUAGGUUGACAGGUCAAAAGGGCGACAUGAGUUUUUUUUUGUUUUUUGGGUGUCGUAUUCUUCGUAAAGUGACGGGGAACCCCAGUUAGUGCACCGUGUCCCCUCGCUGUGCUCGCUUCGCUCGCCAUGCUUCGGGCAAGGUUCUGCGCUGCGCUCGGCACAUGUUACUAUUCCCAAUCGUGGUCCACGUGGAUCGUAAAGUAUGAAAAAGUCCAAAAAUGUAUUUAAAAAAACAAAAAACUCAUGUCGACUUUUUGAACUGUCUACGUAGUACAUGUCAAUACGGUGGACAACUAUGCAAUAGAUAGCACCUAUCCUUGUGUAUCAAUGCUUAUUUCCCCAUAGAUUGUAAGCUUGCGAGCAGGGCCUUCCGACCUCUAUGUCUGUCUGUUAUUACCCAGUUUUGUCUUAUCAUUGUGUCCAAUUGUAAAGCGCAAUGAAAUUUGCUACGCUAUAUAAGAAACUGUUAAUAAAUAAAUAAAUACUCAGUGGUUCCAAGUGGUUAAUAGGAGAACAGAAUGGCAGGCAUGGGAAUGGAGAGAGUUAAACCUCCUGUGAUGGGUGUGGACCAAAAUGACAUGACAGGUUACAGCCAAUUAUAGUUAAGGGAGGGACCAGUAUAUAGGGGAUGCAUGGGGCAUUAUGGGUCUCUUUUGGUUUGCCUUGCGGUGAGUGUUGCUGUCCUGAUUAGGACAGUUUUAUUUAUCUUGCCGCUCAGAGGGUGGUGGAGAGGGAGCCAUUGUGGGGCCUUUAGUCUCGCCAGCCCGUUCGGCCCCAUCGUCAAGAUCUGUCUCCCCUGCCGCAGUUGGCAGUGCCGUUGUUGCGGUCCGGUCGCGGGCGGCAGGGGGGACGCCAGUCUGAGGCGAGUGAGGGAGUGGUGGCCGGGGCUCGGCCUGCGGCUCCCUCCGUUGCUGGCCUGUUUUCGUGGGCCCGCAGGCGCGUCGGGGAGGGCCUACGGGCCAUCCUUUAGUGGGAGUCAUGCCACCUCCGCCGCCCAUAGCUAGGCCGCAGUUAUCUGCCGGCCGUGUGCGGCGGGGUGGGUGGCGGGCACUGGAAAGGCAAGGGGAGGUGGUAGCCGGAUCUCGGCCGGCGGCUUUCUCCCCUGUAGGCCUGGAUUCCGCUCGGCGCUGGGGGGGCGCUCGGCAAGGGUCGCGCGCGUCCGUCCCUGCUGAAUAUUUUCCUUUACAGGUUUUUCUAGUGGUUAGGGUUACAAUAAAUAGCUAACAAUUUUCUGCCAAA